AUGUCUGUGAACUCCUCAUUUAAGGAAGAGAAAAAAGAAAUGGACCCUCCACUCCCUGAUGGUGACAUGGAGAAUGAGUCUGAGAAGAACACAGACCAGAAUGAAGUGACCUCCAGAAUCAUUGAGUCUUCAGAGUCUCUAUCACUGCCUGACACCUUAGCAGAGAGGGACACACCAGGUUCUGACACUGACCUCGAGGCUGAAGAUUCUGAGAAGGCCUUUGUGAGUAUUACAGGCACAGAGCUGUACUUGGAAGCAUGCAGGCUGAUGGAGGUUGUGCCUGUCUCACAUUUUAUUCAGAACUUGGACAAGCCUUAUAUAAACCUGAACCACCACGGUCUAGGACCCAAAGGUGUCAAAGCUAUUGCUAUUGCUCUGGUGUCCAACACAACCAUCACCCAUCUAGAACUGGAAGACAACUGCAUUUUGGCAGAAGGAGCCAUAUGCAUAGCAGAGAUGCUACAAGAGAAUUCCUCACUUCAAGAACUGAACAUGUCAAAUAACCACCUAGACACAGCAGGAGCUAAAGCCAUUGCCAGUUUCCUUUUGGAUAAUAUAUCCUACCUCCAUGCUCUUAAGCUCUCAGGAAACAACUUUGGAGAGGAAACUGCACCAUACUUUGCAGAGGCAUUAACGGCAAAUUACCAAGUGAAGGAGCUGGACCUCAGCCACAAUGAGUUCUCUGAGAAGGGAGGACAGCUCCUGGGACAGAUGCUUGCUAGUAAUACAACACUGGAGAUUCUGGACCUUAGCUGGAACCACCUGAGGAGGAAGGGGGCAGAAGCACUGGGCAGAGGUCUCAGGGGCAAUGGUGCACUGCAAAUGCUCAACCUUUCCUGGAAUGCCAUUGGUAAUGAGGGAGCAAUGGCUCUAGGAGAUGCUCUCAAAGUCAAUAACGUGCUGGUUCAUCUGGACAUCAGCAACAACCAGAUAAGUGAUGAGGGAGUCAAGAAACUCUGCAGGGGCCUUGAUGUCAAUGGAAAACUCAAAAUCCUGAAGAUGUCCAAUAAUCCAGUGACCGUGGAAGGUGCCAUUUCACUGCUCAUCUCUGUCAGAAAGAACGCAAAUUCCAUGAUGGAGCAGAUUGACAUCUCAAAUGUGUUGGUGAAUGAAACUUUCAUCAAAUUGCUGGAUCUGGUGUGUCAAAUGCAUCCUGAACUAGAUGUCAUCUAUGGGGAGGUCGAGGGCCAUGUUUCCAAGCUCCCCAAGCAGUAUCCAAAUCCCAUGAAAGUGUUUCAGGACUACCUGAAAGACCACAACCUACAACUCUGGGACUUUUUUAGGAGUAUUGAUGAGGAUGGAAACAUGAAGAUCCCUGUGGCAGCCUUCCGGAGAGCCUUGAUGCAGGAAUCAAGCAUCCCACUAGAUCGAGACCAAAUUGGGGAACUAGUGAGCAAGUUAGAUCAGAAUCGGACAGGGGUUGUGGACUACAGUCACUUAAAGGAGGACAAGCCAGAACAAAUGCCAGUGGAAGGUGACAUCGAGGAAAAGAAGGAAGAGCCAUAA